CCGGCGGCCGUGAUGGCAGCUUAUUACCUGCUGCUGCAGACCUACGCCCUGCGCCUGGAAGCCAUCCUCAACGCCAUCCUCUUGCUUUUCUACGCCGUGGAGCUGCUGCUGGGCAUCCUCACCCUGGUCUCCUUCUCCAG